UGAUGGAGUGUUGCAUUUUUUGGGGCAGACAAGAACGAAUUUGAGAGUUUUGUUGACGUCCUUGCGAUUUUGAGUGAUUUUUUUUCUGUUUUGAAAAGGAAUAUCAGUUUUCAUCAUGUCUUAUAUGCUCUCUCAUUUACAUAAUGGAUGGCAGGUGGACCAGGCCAUCCUCUCGGAGGAGGAUCGAGUUGUUGUCAUUCGUUUUGGUCAUGACUGGGACCCUAUGUGCAUGAAGAUGGACGAAGUCCUGUACAAUAUCGCCGAGAAGGUGAAGAAUUUCGCAGUAAUUUACCUGGUGGAUAUCACAGAAGUUCCAGACUUCAAUAAAAUGUACGAGCUGUACGAUCCCUGUACUGUCAUGUUCUUCUUUAGGAACAAACACAUCAUGAUCGAUCUUGGGACAGGUAAUAAUAAUAAAAUCAACUGGACCCUGGAGGAUAAGCAGGAAAUGAUCGACAUAAUCGAGACUGUGUACAGAGGUGCGAGAAAGGGAAGAGGUCUCGUUGUUUCUCCCAAGGACUACUCAACAAAGUAUCGAUACUGAUUUUUUAUUAUUAGCUCUUUUAUUGUACAUAAAUUAUGUUUUCCAUUAAAACAAUAUAACCAUGA